AUGUUUAUCAUAGCAUUUAUAUCAUCAAGAGAAAGCAAUGCAGGUGAAACAGAUGAUGAACAACCAAAAAAUAUUCGAACGUGGGCAUCAUCAAUGGGUUCAAAUCAAAAUUCUCAAAAUUAUCUUUCAACAAAUUCCAAUUUAUUGUCAGUAGAUGAAAUUCCGGAAGAACGAGCAUGGUCAUCAGGUUUAAAUACACAAUCAGAUGAUUAUCUAAGUGAAGGUCCAACAAGAGAACAAAGAUUACUUCUUUCAAAAACUAAUAAAACUAAUCAAAAUUCUGUAAGAAGAGAUCCUCGUGGUGUUGAACAAAUUCUUUCUUAUAUUGAUCAACGUCGUCCACCACGAAAAAAACAUGUAUAUCGUUUAACUUGGCGAACAUUUAUUGGUACAAUGUCUGGAAUGAAUGAAAUAUAUAAUCGAGAAGAAUUUCAUAAAUAUCGUUUUUUAAUUAUAUUUAUUGAUUCAGUUUUUCGAGGUAUAAGUCAAGUUAUGUUUGCAAAUAAUCCAUUAUCAGGUCUUAUAAUAACAAUUGGAUUAUUUUAUGGAGAUUGGCAAUUAGCAUUUUAUGGACUUCUUGGAACAUCUGUAUCAACAUUAACAGCACAUAUUUUAGGAUAUAAUUAUAAUGCAAUUCGAUCGGGUUUAUAUGGAUAUAAUGGAUGUUUAACAGGAAUGGGUAUAGCUUAUUUUACAUUUCCACAAUCUCCACAAAUAAUUCCGGCAGUUAUACUUAUGUCAAUAUUUUCAUCAAUAUUUACAAUGUCUAUUGGAAAAGUUCUUGUUGAAAAAUUUGAAAUAUCUCCAUAUACAUUUAGUUUUCAAAUUUCAACAUGGAUAUGGUUACUUGGUUCAUUAAAAUAUCGAUAUUUUUUUCUUGAUGGACAAAUUUUAUCUCCAUCAUUAUUAACAACAUUCACUGAUAAACCAAAUUUAUUAAAUAUAUCAUAUCAAAUAUAUACAGUUGAAGAUAAUUUUGUUGGAUUUUUUGCAAGCAUAGCACAAGUAUAUUUUCUUGAUAAUCCAUAUACAGGUGCAAUUAUUCUUAUUGGUGUCUCGCUUUGUUCUCGAAUUUUAUCAUUUUUUGCAUUAUUUGGUGCUGUAACAAGUCAAUUAGCUGCAGCUUAUCUUUUAGGUUUAUCUCCUCAAGCAAUUCAUUCUGGAUUAUGGGGUUAUAAUGCUGUAUUAACAUGUGAAGCAUUAGGUGGAAUGUUUUUUGUCUUAUAUGGUUAUAAAAUUUGGAUAUUUACAUUAUAUGGUUCAUUAAUGACAUUACUUGUUCAAGCUUGUAUAUCAUCAUUUUUAAAUCCAGUUGGUAUGCCAACAUUAACAUUUCCAUUUACUUUUAUAUGUUGGAUAUUUUGUUUAUCAAGUGGUUCAAAAAAUCUUGUUCCUGUUAAAAUAACAUCAGUUAGUAUACCUGAAGAUCAUUAUCGUCGUUAUCGAACAUCUCAAUUAAUUAAAAAUCAAUUUUAUUUUUUAAGUCAUUUAACAACAUUUUCAUUUUCAGCAGAUGAAAAUUUAACAUGGGGAGAAUUAGCUAAAAUAAAAGAAGAAUUUAUUCCAAUAUUAAUGUGUUCAUAUGUUUAUAAAAAUGAUUUACAUUCACUUAAAAUGUUAUUUAAACAAACUACAAGUAGUAAAUCAACAGAUCAAUAUUAUCGUAGUCCAUUACAUAUAAGCUCGUGUCAAGGAAACUUUUUAAUAACUAAAUAUCUUAUUGAACAUGGUAAAUUAGAUGCUAAUGCAGAAGAUAAAUAUGGUAAUUCACCAUUGUUUGAUGCGCUAUGGAAUGGACAAUUCCAUUUACUUGCUUAUCUUUAUUAUCAUGGUGCAAGAUUACCUGGCGAUAAAGCACAAGAAUUAGCUUUUUAUUUAAAUGCAUUUGUUUAUGAAGAUAAUCUUGAUGCUAUUCAAUGUUUAAUUUCAUGUGGAUUAAAUCCGAAUAAUGGAGAUUAUGAUGGAAGAAAUGCUUUACAUUCAGCAAUAAUUACAAAUCAGUUUAAUAUUGUUUGUUUUCUUGUAAAAAAAACUCAAAUUUGGUUUGAUUUAACUGAUCAUUCACAAAAAACACCUUUAAAUUAUCUUACAAAUUUAUCUGAUUUUAAAAUAAAAAAUUAUUUAUUUGAUAAAAUACAAAAUAAUUAUAAUCCAUUGAAAAUUUCAUCAGAAAAAUUACCAACAUUUUCAAAAAAAUCAGUUCAUGCGAAAGAAGAUAAAGAUGAAAAGACAAAUCCAACAAAUAUUGAUGAAAUUUUAUUUCCCUCACUUUUCUGGAUAAUUUCAGCUCAAAAUGAUAAAAAUAAAAUAAAAAAUUUUCUUGAACAAUUUUCUCAUUUAAAUAUAUUGGAUUGUGUUGAUUAUGAUUAUCGUUCUGUUUUACAUGUUGCUGCUGCUGAUGGAAAUUUAGAAGUAAUUCAAUUCUUAGCAGAAAUUUCUUCAAAAGAACAGUUUCAACAAAUUCUUUUACGAGAAGAUCGAUGGGGAUUUGCUCCAUUAGAUUAUGCAUAUCAAAAUGAUCAUUUUCAUAUAUCUCAAUUUUUAAAUGAAUAUAUGGAUAAUAAUAUAUCUCCUCCGACAAUUAUUCAAUUGGAUAAUCAAAAUCAAAUUGUGAAUUUAUUUAAAAAAUGGUUUAAAAUCCAUCUUUUUCAAAGAUUAGCUAGUUCAGGACAAGCUCAAAGAAUUCAAGGACUUUUUAUUCAAAAUUAUUUUCAUUCAAAUCAACUUUAUGAUGAUUAUCAUCAACGAACACCAAUGCAUAUUGCUGCAGCAAAUGGACAUUUAAAGGUUGUACAAAUUCUUCUUCAAUAUGGAUAUGAUGGUAUUACACAGAAAGAUCGAUGGGGAUUUUAUCCGAUUGAUGAAGCAAGAAAAAACUAUUUUUAUGAAAUUGUAAACGAAUUACAACAAAAUACUUUAUAA